AUGUCUAGUAAUACAGAGAAAAAUAAAGUUGCAGUUGAUGAAGAUUUGAUCAUUCAAUCAAAUAAUGAUCCUGAACCAUCCCGUGGCCAAGUCAAUUUCGAAGCAAAUUUUGGCCAUUUGUCGCUUGAAAUGUUGAAAUUUCUAUGUCAAGGGAUGGGUGUUUCAGAGGUCAGUUUGAAACAGGACUUAGUUAAUAGACUAGUUAGUGAGUGUAAAGCAAGAGAAGAGGCGUCUGGCGAUCUGUUUGGGAAAGGAAAAUCGAUGAACUUGGAUAAUGAUGUGGGUGAUACAGAGGUUUUUUUCCAUACACGGGAUCAUGGGCAUAGUGUAGGGGGUCCAAAUAUCAAUAAGCAAGAAGAAGGAGAUUUAGGUGCAAGGGCAGCAGGUGUGCAUCAGUCGUUGUGGUUUCCUGAAGGAAAGGAAAAAUUUGUAUUCGAUAAUGAUAGUGACGAAACUGGCUUAUGGAGAAAGCAGAAUUUGUCAAAGGCAGGGAAUCAAUGGGAGUUUAAUGAAUGGUGUAAGGUUGGGUUAUUGAUGGAUAAAGCCUUGAAUACGGGAGAUGUGGACUAUUUGCUGCUGACUAGACAAGUGGCUUUAGAAAGGGCGUAUAUAGUUAGAGUUGCUGAUGAAGACGGGUGGGGCGUUGCUGUGAAGAUGGCAUCUAAUGAUACAGUUGAUCCUAUGUCGCAAAUGUUUGGAGGGAAGAGAGAAAGAGCUAGGUUAGCAGUGCAAAGUGUUUCUAAGAGUAAAAAACUGAAACCAGCACAGGAAAGGAGUCAAAAGGUGGAUGCUCAACAAGGUAAUACUGUAAAUGCCUUUUCGGGUGUGCAUCAGGGGCAACCUGUUACGCCGGUGUUUUUUCAAGCACAUCCUUCGAUUUUACCGUUUUGGCAACAGUGGCCUAAUCAACAUGGGUUGGUUUCGUCGUCAGCAGUUAUGGGAGUUAGCAAUAUGGAUUCGUACAUAUCAGGACAACAAACAACACAGAAUAGUUUUUUACAGAAUCUGUUUUCGUCAGUAGGUAAUAAGUUUUCACCUUUUCCUGGUUCUGAGAAUUCAAAUGCCUAUAGGAGAAAAUUGGACAAGGUGUGGGGUUUAUUUGUUAGUUUUGCAGAACUGAUAAAUCAUGAAUCUUGUCCAGCAUCAGAUUUGACAAUAGCAGUUUUUUUAGCUUGGUUGAAAAUGUCAGGACAGAGUGUUGAGAUACAGAAUUGUUUAGCUGCAAUUUCUAGAGUCCAUAAGUUAAAGGG